ACGUUGUGCUUGUGUAUGUUCCUCUCUCAACCCAGUUUUAAGUGAGCGUGUUCCAUCAAUGAACCACGCCUCGCUCCGCAGCGUAAAAGUCCGACGGCCAUAUUGACUGACUGCAUCUCCUUCUCCGCGGUGAAACUGGCCCAGUCGCGUCAUACAUAGCGGGGUGUCUAACGGAAAACAACCCGGUCUAUUUUGGUCGCGUGGGAUUUAAAGUAGACUACCAGGUGGACAGUUUACCGUUUUCAGAACGCAGUUCAUCAACUGAGGCGGUGGAGCCCAGGGCGAGGCAACAAGGAGGAGGACGUUUUGUUUGCAUUUUCUCUGCGGAAGGGCAAGGCCGGAGAGAGGAGAAAGAUGCCCAAACCGAUCAAUGUGCGUGUCACCACCAUGGAUGCAGAGCUGGAGUUUGCCAUCCAGCCCAACACCACCGGCAAACAGCUCUUUGACCAGGUGGUGAAGACAGUGGGCCUCCGGGAGGUGUGGUUCUUUGGCCUGCAGUACACAGACAGUAAAGGUUACAGCACUUGGCUCAAACUAAACAAGAAGGUGACACAGCAGGAUGUGAAGAAGGAGAACCCUCUGCAGUUUAAGUUCAGAGCCAAGUUCUUCCCGGAGGACGUGUCUGAGGAGCUCAUCCAGGAGAUUACGCAGAGACUCUUCUUCCUGCAGGUGAAGGAGGCCAUCUUGAACGAUGAGAACUACUGUCCUCCAGAGACAGCCGUGUUGCUGGCCUCCUACUCUGUCCAGGCCAAGUAUGCAGACUACAGCAGAGACGUCCACAAGCCUGGUUACCUAACCUCCGACCGCCUGCUGCCACAGAGAGUGCUGGAGCAGCACAAGUUGACUAAGGAACAGUGGGAGGACAGAAUACAGACCUGGCAUGAGGAACACACAGGCAUGCUCAGAGAGGACUCUGUGAUGGAGUAUCUGAAGAUAGCCCAGGACCUGGAAAUGUAUGGAGUCAACUACUUUGAGAUCAAGAACAAGAAGGGAACCGAGUUGUGGCUGGGUGUGGAUGCACUGGGACUCAAUAUCUAUGAACAUGAGGACAAGUUGACACCAAAGAUUGGCUUCCCCUGGAGUGAGAUCAGAAACAUCUCCUUCAACGACAAGAAGUUUGUCAUCAAACCCAUCGACAAGAAAGCCCCAGACUUUGUAUUCUACGCACCACGGUUGCGGAUUAACAAGCGUAUCCUGGCGCUGUGCAUGGGGAACCACGAGCUGUACAUGAGGAGGAGGAAGCCUGAUACCAUCGAGGUGCAGCAGAUGAAGGCCCAGGCCCGGGAGGAGAAACACCACAAACAGAUGGAGAGAGCCCAGCUAGAAAACGAGAAGAAAAAACGAGCGUACGCAGAGAAAGAAAGGGAGAAGAUGGAGAAAGAGAAGGAUGAGCUGAUCGAGAGACUCAGACAGAUUGAGGAACAGACGCUAAAGGCCCAGAAAGAGCUGGAGGAUCAGACACGCAGGGCCCUGGAGUUGGACCAGGAGAGGAAGAGAGCGAAGGAAGAGGCAGAGAGGUUGGAGAAAGAGAAACAGGCAGCAGAGGAGGCCAAAGCAGCUCUUGUUAAACAGGCUGCUGACCAGAUGAAGAACCAGGAACAACUGGCCGCUGAGCUAGGAGAAUUCACCGCCAAAAUCGCUCUGCUUGAAGAGGCCAAAAGGAAAAAGGAAGAGGAAGCGACAGAAUGGCAACACAAAGCCAUCUCAGCCCAGGAGGACCUGGAGAAGACUAAAGAGGAGCUGAAGUCUGUGAUGUCAUCACCCCCGGCGCCAGAGCACGACGAGCAGGAUGAGACGAAUGCUGAGGGUAGCACCGAGCUGCACAGUGAUGGGGUCACCGGCCACCACAGCGAGGAGGAACGUGUCACAGAGGCCCAGAAGAACGACCGCGUCAAGGAGCAGCUGCAGGCUCUGAGUUCAGAGUUGGCCCAGGCGAGGGAUGACACCAAGAAGACCCAGAAUGACAUGCUACAUGCGGAGAACGUGAAGGCUGGGAGGGACAAGUACAAGACCCUGCGUCAGAUCCGCCAGGGAAACACCAAGCAGCGCAUCGACGAGUUUGAGUCCAUGUGAGAGACCUCGCCCUCCCACCCUUGCAUUGCCACGACAGCGGCUCGUUUUUGUGUACAGCAAAACCCGCCCGUUCCCGUCCCAUUCCCCAAAUCCCUACUUGCAAAAAGGCCAGAGGUGUGUGGAUUCAAUGUCCCGCCAACUAUGCCUUGCCAAAGCUCUGCCCACUAGCGGAUGGCCAAUCAAACUGCUCCAUGCUUAGACCUCUGCCUAACCACAUCUAGACUCGCCUAAUCUGGAAUGGCAAGCAACAUACUGUCGAAGACAAUUCUCCAUGAACAAAGGAUAAUUUAAUGCUUGCAUGUCUGAUGUAAGAAUGGAUAGAGAAAUUGGUUGAUAUCUUGCUUUCAUUGAGAGGGAACAAUUGCAGUUUAACUUUUGGAUGUCGCUGGCCAGCUUGUAUGUAAAGCUUUAAAUACCUUACGUUUAUUUGUUUGCCAUUAGAUUAAGAAUUUUAAUAGUUUUCUUUUUUUUAACGAAACAGCCUUAUUUGUCUCAUCUAAUUUUGGCUUCAUAUUUAACUGUGGUGAGUUAGCUGUGCUCUAGUCAGUCAUGGGUCAGCUGAUGUUGAACCAGUGGUUUAAUUCCUCCAGAAUUUGACAACAGCGUUUAUCUGUCCGUUCUGACCUAUACCUUUUUGUGUCGUUUAUCGUCAAUUGAAGCAUUUACCAUUAAUUUAUUUUCCGUCACAAUAAAGAUUCCAUGUAUGUUUCUUA